UCCAGCAGAGCAAAGAGAGAGAACAGUGUUUUUUUUCUCUCUUUCUUCUUCCUCUGUGAGAGCUUUUGUGAGUCGGUGUGGGCCACAGUGACGGUUCAAGUGGCAGGCGGCGUCGGUGUAGCUCGGCGAACUUUUUUUCGGUCCACGGCUUUAAUAUUACGAGUUACUCGAGUUAAAAAAAAAAGUCUUCAACGCCAUCAAUACCUCCACCACCUCCACCAUGCUGCGGCGAAAACCCUCCAACGCCUCGGAGAAGGAGAAGGAGCCUGGGCAGAAGAAGAAGCUGACACUGCAGCGGUCCAGCAGCUUCAAAGACUUCAUGAAGCCCAAGCCGACCUCACCCGUGGUUAACACUGAGUUUACACUGGAGGAAACUGUGCCGGAGGGAGCCGUCCAGGAGGACAGUGGGAAGAACAGCGGGAAGCUGGGGAAGAAAUGGCGGAGCGUCAUCUCUCGCACCAUGACCCGCAAAACCUCCAAGAUGGUUCAGAAAGCUCUCACAGAGGAGGGGAUUGAGAGUGGUGAAGAUGGCUCCAUGUCCCCCAUGUCUCCGUAUGAUGGAUGGACUCCAGACCUGAUAGCUGGGAACAGGACGUCUGUUUGCUCCAACAGCUCAGAGGACACCAUGCACUCGCCGCUGUCCCGCCAGCUCUCAGGAUGCGGGGACAGGCAGAGUCUGGACAGUGGUUUCAGUCAGAGGGACAGUAUGGAGAGUCCUUACACCGGACCGUUCUGCGGCCGAGCCGAGGUCCACACCGACUUCACCCCCAGCCCUUACGACAUCGACUCUCUCAAACUGCAGAAAGGAGAUAUCAUCCAGAUCAUUGAGAAAUCACAAGUUGGCAACUGGACAGGUAAACUCAAUAACAAGGUGGGCUCCUUCAAGUUCAUCUACGUCACCAUCCUGCCCGAGGAGGAAACGGCGCCUAAGAGGAAGAGGUGCCAAAGCCAGGGUCACCGAAACAAACCCAAACCCACCAGCCUGGAGGAGGUUCUGGAGAGAACUGGCCUCAUUGACCUUGGUGAUCUUCUCUCCAUGCACGGAUUCCAAACACUGGAGGACUUUUGCUCACUGAAGGAAUCCCACCUGAAUGAGCUCAACAUCACCGACUCUGACCAGCGCACCAGGAUACUGACAGAAGUCGAACUGCUUAAUGACUCUGAGGGAGAGUCUGAUGAAGAACAGGAGAAGCUUGAGGAGAAGGCGGAGAUGCCGCGGGACUCGGGAUGCUACGAGAGCACAGAAAACCUGACCAACGGCCGCGAGGAGGCGGAUACUGAGCCGCGGGGUGAGAGUGAUGUGGAUACGGGCAAAAGGCUGGAGGAGGUUCAGGAAAAGCUGCAGGAACUGACCGUGGAGGACGCGUCCUGAGGACCGGAGCGGGAGGAGUAGUGGAUAACUUCACCCACUGAAGGGUUUAGAACACUCGUCCUGAGCUUGUAGCAACUUUACGCCCAUGUCGACGACUGAACUGCAGUUAAUCGACUUUGGCCAGUCUGAUUUAUGCUCGACUGGAACUCUCUUCUGCAGUAACUGAUAUAAGAGGGUGUAUAAAUAUUGGUUUGUUCUAAAAAGAAACUGAAAACAUGGUUAUUGAUCAUACAGACUUGUUGGCAUAACAUUUAAUAACGUUAUAAGUUGUAUUUUAUGUAUUUUUUGCGUGUGCUUCAUUAAAUAUUUAAAUUGUUUGUUGUAUUGUUUAAAGUGUUUGCAAGACUGUUUUUUUUUUUUUGUGGAGGGCCUUUAUUACUGUAUUAGUACUAUAAUUUGUGAAUUAAUAAUGUCCUCUAAUCCUGAUAGAGGGAGAAAUAUCUUAGUUCUUAACAAGAAACAACAACAAGAAAAAAAUGUCAAUUUGCCAUUUUGACAUUUAACACUGUUAAUUUGCUGUUUAGUUAUUUGACAAAAUCUGGCACAUUUACAUUUACAAAAAAAGAUAUUAAUUAAUGUGUAAUGUCAAAGUGAAAGUCAAUGCUUGUGAUUUGCGUUUAAAGCUGUGUAAAAACUUUUAUACUGUACAAACUGAAAGCACAGCGUCCUUUUCCUGCAACAGACACAUUUUCAUUAUUGUAUUUUUGUAAUUUUUACUUUUUUCUUAAGAACUAUUACAUGAAUUAGUCAAAAAUAUGAACAGAACUGUACAGUGAUGGGUCAGUACUUCAGGAUGGGACAUACUGAUGUUUAAAAACAUUUAUUAUGAGACAAAUCUUUCUACUACAAAAUGUUAUGAUAAACCUAUGAUAACCUUCUAUUUUUAAAUAUGUUUUCUUUACCACGAAUGUACAUUGAUUGACGUAUAUUAUAGGACGUAUUCAUAUGUUUUAUGUAUUUAGAAGACAACGUGUCGCUCACUGAGAGUAGUGUUGAUUGUAGUUCUCUACUUUCUUCUGUGGACGUCUUUUCUUUCUUUGUCUUAUAAAUGUUUAUCCACCAACAUGCAUUGCUGUAUAUAUAUAUAUGGAUACACAGUACAAAUAUGUUAUUCAUGAAGAUGCAUGAUUUUUAUUCUCUAUUCUGUUCUACUGUAUUUUCUGUCCUCUCCUG